AAAGAAACUUCAGUGUUCAACAGCUGAUUUAUCUUAUUUUAUAAACAUCAACUACUGGGACUUGCAUAUAUUUGUACUUGGAAAUUAAUUUUGUUUUAAAUUACACAAGUUUUCUUCAGAAUGUGGCCACUUAUUUUAACUUUUCUUAGAAGUAAUGCCGUGUAUAUUACAUUACCGGUAGCUGGGGUUAUAGGUUUCAUUGGAUAUAACUUGGAAAAUCUUUUAUCUAGCAAAUAUACACCUUAUAGCAAGUCCAUACAAGAAAACCGGAAUGAAAGACUAAUGGAAGAAAUAACCUCAGAUCCACUUAAACAUGAACGUUUAAAACUAAAGGAAAAUGUAUUAGGAAGAAAUUUGUCACCUUCAUUGCAAGAGAAAUAAAAAUGAAAAAAACGAAG